UAUACGUCACGGUGUUUUACUUUCAGUGUAUUUGCUAACAUUUUCUUGUUCAUUAAAUCAACCUUCAGAUUAUCUUUCAAUUGGCAAUAUAAGGAUGUGGUACAAGAAUUUUACAAGGAAUGCGACUCCAAAAAAUCCUUAUUGUUCAAUUUGUUGUGUGGAUACAAGUAAGAAUAGUCUCACUAAAAUUUGUGGGAAGCACACAAUGUGUAUGUACCAAUCUGGACAAUAUGGAGCUGGAUGUAAGGGAGUUUUAGAUAUUCCUUUUCAACAACAAGAAAUUGAUGUUAUAGUAGAUGCGCACAAUACGCUGAGAAAUCGAAUAGCAUUAGGCCUGGAAGAAAGAGGGAACCCAGGUCCGCAGCCGCCAGCGUCAAACAUGAGAGAAAUUGAAUGGAACGACGAAUUAGCUGAUGUUGCUCAUCGAUGGGCGUUUCAGUGUGUAUACUCGCAUGAUAUUUGUAGGGAUUUAGAUAGAUUCCCAGUUGGACAAAACAUUGCGAGAGGAAGUUUUGCCACAAAUUACGAUAUUUCCUUUAUCGCUGGUUGGUAUGAUCAAGUGCAAUGGAUAAAUGAGCUUGAUCUUAAUACAUAUCAAAUAUCGUUAAUGAACUCAUUGCGUCACUUCACUCAGCUUGUUUGGGCAGAAACCUAUCAAGUCGGAUGCGCAAGAGUUUUAUUUCAACGAUACAACGGAGCUAAAACGGCAUACCGACAGCAUUUUAUAUGCAAUUAUGGGCCAACCGGAAACAUACCUGGUCAGCCAGUAUAUAAAAAAGGAAUUCCCUGCUCGAACUGUCCUAAGAAAACAUUUUGUAGUGAUCAAUAUACAGGAUUGUGUAGCAGAGGGCUUUUUUGGGAACUAAUUUGCAUUUUUAUUUCUUUUUACAUCGAAACCAGAGCCGAGACAUCAACAACAAAAAGAAUAAUGAGAACCUCAGAGAUGAAAACACUGCUAAUCAUCAAAGGAGUGAUGACAUACGAGAAGAAUUGGGCGUACAAGAUGUGGCUAUCAUGCUACCAUUGCGAAUUUAAUGUCAAUAAACUUAUUAGAGCCAACUGCAAGACAUAUUGUAAUAAGUAUAUUGGUAGAGACGAAUACGGUGAUGGAAGGGUAUUGAGUAUGUGGAAAGAGGCAUUGGAAAAAUGUAUUGCAUUUGUUUGGGAUAAUUGUGUUAGAUACACCGUCAAAAUAAUUGGAGACUGGUUUACUGGAGAACAAAAUUUGGUGAAUAUACGAGGUCUGGCUACUAAAUAA